GGUUUCGCGUUGCUCGGGAUAAGUUUGUAGCCUUGAAAAUGGCGAAUUCAUUCUCGUUCAAACAAUGGAGCUACGCAGCUGCGUUCAAAUAAAGAGCGACAAUAAACACAACGAACUAGACGGCGUCGCGACUUUCCAGUUUGAUGCGAUUUACCAAAUAUAUUUGAGGCAGUUUGCCAAUGCUUGCAGGGCCAUCGAGUUCUACUCUCACGCAUUCUAUGAAAUUAUACGGAAAGUAGCAAGAAGCCUGAAAAUAUGCAGAGUAUGUAAGAGAGUGCGCCGAGCAAAAAAAAUGCCACCGAAAGGCAAGGCUGUCCAAUGGGCAGACCUGCCACCGCACAGGCCCUCAUUGUCAUUCUCGUCGCCAUAUGGAUUGCAAAUAAAUAUGUCUGGGUCGGCGGAAAGGUUGCGCCUUGGGAUGCGAGUUCUACAAUAUAACCUAGAACAACUCAGCACGUUGCGCAGUCAGCCAGAAGUGCUCGGUUUUGGUAUUCAGGAGGAGGCAUUUGCAUUUCUAAUGCAGAACAGGAGAAGCCCCAACGCCAAGCCUUCGCAGACUUUCAUUUUCAAUUUGUCAUGCUAUGUCGUGCGCAUUCGAUACCCUCUUGCAACUGCAAGAACUACCUGACAAGUAUCGGCGUUUCCCCAGACCCAGACAUAUUUGCAAUGCAUACGCCAGCACAUGACGCAUUCAAGACUGCUGUUGGCGGCAAGCAACAAAUAAAUGACACCGAUUUACUCAAGACGGCACGCGCAGGGGAUACUAGUUCUGCGAACGAGGAUGAGAACCACACAAAAUCGGCAGGACAAACCAACACCGCGGGAUCGGCUUCAGCCGCGCCUGCAGCUCUACCGGGAGCGCGCGAAGCGUAUGGGCGUGAAGUCCCGACUCAGAACUGCCUCAGCACUCCUCUGCCCGGCAGAGCAACUUUCUUCGCUGAGUUGAUAUGCCGUGUGCCGUCUCAUUCUCAAUCUCAAAGGGAUGAAGCUGAACGAAAAGAAGAAAAGAAGCUUUCUGGCGAACGAACAUGGAGGUGAACAAAAAAAACGCACUCGGCAUUUCAAUUCAGGCUUUUGUCAUGUUUAGUGCUCUUGUUCUGAAAGGAGGUUUCAUGCCUAUAAAAGCAAGAAGACAUCGUCGGAAGAUGAACCCCACAAAAACCUGACCUCUGCUACGGAAAAUCCGCAGUAUCCAGAAAAAGACCACCAUCAGUAAUAUCACGGAAUAGUGAGGCAUUAGUAUAUCUGCAUGGCCAAGUAAGUACUCAGACCUACCUACGAAUGUCUGUCAUGUAAAAAGACUCAGAAGCAGUUUUAGAUGUAAGGCCAUGAUUGAAGUGUGUCUGCGUCCUUCGUCAAUGCAAUACCUGAUGAAAAUAUUACACGAUGUCUGAUAGGCAUCGCUUUUCAUUUUCUUGUAAUGCUUCGCAGCUUCGCUUCUUGUUCAACAAGUUGUCCGGUGCUAAAAUUGAGAAAGCAAAUCUGGACGAUUACAUUGGUGGUUGUUUUUUAAUCUUUAUACACCAGUACAGAAGAACAAGAACGUCAAAAACUCGAAGGGAAAACAGCAGAUCAAGCAACUCUCCCAUGCGGAACUACAAAAGCGGUACGCAGCAGGACAAAUGAGUACUAAGGCAGUCGCGAAGCAUCUGCACGAGCAAGAGCCUGGUGCUGCAUCAUCUACAGCAAAAAAUAACGACGAGAAGCACGCAGAGCUGAAGAAGGACAUGUACUAGUACGCCCCGGUGUCUGAUGUCGCCUGGGUCCCGAUAACGAAAACGAAAUCAACGCGAAAUAGGAGUAAGGAACACCCCUGAUCCUGUGUUGUAGCGGCCGGGGGUUGCUCUUGAGGUUCCCUGUUUGUGUUGCACGCGAAGGGUUCGCGGUUUUUAUAAUUUGGGCCGUGGCGGUGGCCGCCUGCUUGGGGCUUUGCUCCAGCGGCGCUGCUGUGAUGCUGCGGCUACAUCUCAACUUAGGCCCGGCUUCCCUCGCUACACACAAUAGACGCACACAGUUUGUUGGAUACAGUAAACGUGUUUUGCUUGUUCUCGUAGUUAGGUUUUCGCCUAUCCGACUCAAGGUGUAUGUCUGCCCUGCAUACGCACACCACCAGCAACCAGCAAUCGCCCAAGGCGGCCCCGCUGAUUGUGCUCUCCAGCAGUUCCGACGAACUAGGCCUCGGGGGCCUGAAUACAGCAGCGGUGAACAAGAAGCAUCAGCGGGGCGAGCUGAAAACCGAACACGUGCUGAAGUGGAGCAAAGAACGAUACAAGAAAGUAGAAGUGCAUACCAAUGAGGAGCUGGAUGGGGUAUUCUGGCCUUCCAGUCAUAUCAUGCUGCGAAUGUUUGCAUUUGUAUACGAGCAGGAGUUUUUAUUCUAUUUCCCAUCGGGUUCGGGUUCACGUUCAUCUCUACGUGUACGACAGUCAACUGAAAAAAGUAAAUCCUUCGAUGGAAUUGCGUUGAAGUUUCAGUACACGCAAAGGUUUUGCGCAUGA